AUGUCCAUUUCCAACGGCCAGCCAGCAUGGCCGCCUCCAGUUUUGCACCAUGCAAACGGCAGCAGGUCUUUGAAUCAUCUCGAUGAUGGAACGGCGCGUACUCAGACCCCCGUCGAUAAUACAGUAGAGUUGGUGCCUGAGGCACCAGUCGAUGUCGAAGAAGAAUCCCGGCGCGCUCUUUUUGCAGACUUGUAUCGCAAGACUGAGGACAAGAUCGCCUUGUUGUUUUCUGAGGAUGGUUCUUACAAUCUUGACGCGAUUGCGGGUCUGAAGCGUCGUGCCCCGACCCCUACCGUGACGCUCCCCCCCACCACCGAUCACGAACCCAUCAAGGAACCGCCCUACAAAAAGGCCAAACGUGCCAUUGAUGAAGAUGACUAUGACGACGAUGACGAAGACGAAGACGAAGUAGCCACCGCGCCUGCGCCUGUGCUGAAAGCGCAAGGUUCCGCCGCCUCUAUAGCCGCCAACUCCCUGCUGUCCCCAUCCAAGUCUGGCAGCUCUCCAGUUCAUUCCCUCAACUCGCCAGGGAGACUAGGAGAAAAGCUAAAAUCGAGCCAAGAAGAACCUCAGAGUAGAAGCAAAGCCGGGGAAAGCGACGACAAUGCCAUCAAAAAUUUGGAAGAGGCCAGGUUGGCCACCGAGGAAGCUGCCAGGCGUAGCUUCCACACUAUAUUCUACACCCUGGAGAAUGAUCGAACAGCGAUGCUUGAACAAAAACGACUGGAAGAUUCAGAAAAGCAGCUUCAAGCCGAGAUGGACAGCAAUCAGGCAAAUGGGGCCGGCGGUACCCAAGCAAGCAACCAAGGCUCGCUGAGUAGUGCGAAUCUAGGUGCCUCAAGCCUGACCCUUAAACAUCUCAUCGCCAGAAUUGAUAUGAAGCGUGACCAAGUAAGAGCCUCAGAUGCAGAACUGAGACUCCUCAUGAACGAGGUUCGCAAAAACCGAAGCAAAUGGGCGAGCGAGGAAAAUGUCAACCAAGAAGAGUUAUAUGAAGCUUUUGAAAAGGUUUUGACGGAGCUGAAGGCGCAUACGGAGUAUUCUCACCCAUUCUUAACGCGAGUUAGCAAGAAAGAUGCACCUGAUUAUUAUAGUUUAAUCAAGAACCCUAUGGAUCUCGGCUCAAUGACGAAGAAACUAAAAUCCCUGACGUACAAAUCAAAGACGGAUUUCGUUGCGGAUCUUGACCUAAUAUGGGAUAACUGUUUAAAAUACAACCAAGACAUGAAUAGUCAAAUCCGCAGAAUGGCGAAUGGAAUGAGAAAAGAAGCUGAAAAGCUGAUCCCGCUGAUCCCAGAUCUCGUCGUUCGUUCUCGGGCUGAAGUGGAGGCAGAAGAGAGACGAAAGCAGAAUGGCGGCGACGAUGACGGUGGCGACGACUCUGACGACGAGCCGAUAAUGUCGUCUCGUGGUCGAAAGGCUACAACAAAAGGUGCCAAGUCGCGCACCGCCCCGACGGACCAGAAAGAGGACACACCCGUGGUGGAUCAAAAACCGGUCCUACAACUCAAUGGACUUCUCGGAAAAGCUGGCAGGGAGGGAUCCGAAGUUGAUGGGAGCAAUGGGUUCUCGACUCCGCCGAUAGCUGGCUCUAUAACCCCGUCUGGCGCAUUGAAUGGACACUCUGGCAUUGCGAGCAACGCCGAUGCCAUGGAUAUCGACGGACCAAGUCUUAGCACAAUGACAGCGUUUGGUGAAGCUACUGAACAGGCAUACGAGGACGAAGAGUACAAGAUUUGGAAGCAGACAACCAAGAAGGAUCGAGCUCUAACUGUGAAAGAGCGCCACUUCCUGUUCAAAGGGAACAGUUUGAAUACGGAUGCCCCAGCACUUCUGAGAAAUCGAGCUGGCAUGCGCUGGUUUUUGAAGCAUCAGAGGGAAGCUGAAACUAUGGGAAUUGCUGCACACCCACACCUGGCCAGUGCCGCAGGAGCGGGAAAGGAUCUGGCCCCAAGCAAGCAACCGGAAACUCUUGCUGAGGGCAUUGACGAAGAGACUGAACAGGUGGUGCCCGACUACUACAACCCGCUGACCAGUAUCCCUGAUAUCAAGCCUAAUCUGCAGUGGGUUGAGGACGGAGAAGGACAAGUGAUUAACCAGCAUGAGGCAUUCCUCAGACUCGUGCCCCCUGGCUCUUUUAUUGCACCGAAAAGCCGACUGACAAAAAAAAUGGAUGACAAUAUCCGUCAGAUUCAAGAAACCAGAAAGCUGGCGACCAAAAUCUCAGUUAUCAAGCAAAUGCAGGUCCAAUCGCAGGUGUACACCAACCAGUUCCCCAAAUCGAGUAUUGAGACUUUCCUCGAGCAAGAUAUUGAGCCCCAUUUCAUCUCGGAUGAUGGACCUGUGAUGGCUUCGGAAACUUGUCAGGAUGCUCUCAAGCGCUCUGUCGCGAAAAUUCUCUAUCAUACCGGUUUCGAGGAGUUGCAGCCGUCCGCUAUUGAUACCUUGACCGGAAUUGCUGCCGAUUAUUUCCAGAAGUUGGUCAGGACUUUUAAUAUUUACCGCGAGGCUGAAAAGACAUCAGUGCAAACUCCUCAAGGACCGCGAACCAAGUCCCGAUUCACUCCUGAAGAAGUUGUUCUCCAUACCCUCGAAGAAAGUGGCCACGAUGUUGCGUCACUCGAAUCUUAUGCAAAGGAUGAAGUUGACCGGUUAAGUUCUCGACUCGGAAUUCUCCAUGAGCGUAUGAAGCUGCAUCUCACUGAUCUAUUGCGGCCGGCCCUUUCCGCGGAUGCCGGAGUUGACGGCGUCGGAGCCUUCAAGGAUGGCAGUGACCAGUUUAUGAGUGGCGACUUCGCUGACGAUCUUGGCGAAGACUUCUUUGGCUUCAAGGCUCUUGGCCUGGAUAAGGAAAUGGGGCUCGACUCCUUCUCCGUUCCAUUUCACCUUCUCCAUAGCAGAGUUCGUAACCAAUACCAGAUGCAGACGCAGACGGCUGGCGCAAUAUCCGCAGAUAUGUUUGAGGCUUUAUCGCCGUCCGAGCCUGUCUCAAACGAGGGCAUACAGGAGGAAAUUGGCCUGGUUAAAAACUUCUUCCUUGCCAAAUUGCACGCUAAUGGUGACCAACCUCUGGUUGAGGACGAAGACUUGCCCGUCAAGCAGCGCAAGCCUCGUCCACGCCUGGGGGCAAGCGGCAAAAUUAUAUCCGCCCAGAAACGCCCACCACGAGAACAGCUGGCGUUGGCAAAGAAGAAGAAGAAAAUGGAGCUCGCCGCCGCCGCAGCUGAAGCCAAGGCAAAUGCAUCACCCGAGAAAGGGGCCAACGCUGGAACAGGGUCAACCAACACAACACCAGCCAAGAAGAAGUCAAUCACCAUCACUCCUGUUCCGCCUCCCAACCCAGCUCUUCUCGCCCUCACCGCGAGCAUGGAGAGAACUGACAGCAUGCAAAGCCAAGCGGGCACAAGCCAGACCGAAAAGGAUGAGAAUAUUGCUAUGAUGAGCCCAGACAGUAUCGCUCAGUAA